AUGGCAAACGAACAAGCAUACUACAGCAAAGGUUACAAAAAAGCAGUAUCAGAUACUCAUGCCUGGAGAACCGUUGAUAACUCCACCAAAUUCAUCACCACCGUGCUUAAGCCUAAUUUUCACGUUUUAGAUGUGGGCUGUGGGCCUGGAUCUAUCACAAUCGAUUUGGCGAAAAACUAUCUCACCUCAGGUGGAUCUGUUAUUGGUGUUGAACCAACAAGUGAACUAAUUGACACUGCAAACAAUUUAAAAGAAACUACAGAACCUCAACUUGACAAUAUCAAGUUUCAAAUUGGAUCAGUUUAUGAAUUGCCUUUUGAAGACAACACUUUCGACUUGGUGUAUGCGCAUCAGGUGGUCAUUCACUUGCAAGAUCCAAUUAAAGGAUUGAAGGAGUUGGCCAGAGUCGCUAAACCAGGAGGAUUCGUUGCAGUGAAGGAUGCAGAUUUGGAAUCGAUCAUUGCGUCGCCAGAAAAGUACAAACUGUUAAGUGAUUUCUUCAUUGCAAAGGCCAAGAAUGCCGUAUCAACUGAUGUAAGAGCAGGCCGAACAUUGAGAGAAAAGGCCAUUAGAGCUGGUUACAAGCCAGGAAACAUCACAACCACAAAAUCUUAUUGGUUGUUGGCGGAUGAUCUUGAUGCUAAAAAGAAAUGGGUGGAAUUGACGGUGAAUAGAAUCAAAAAUGGAGGGGAGGUCAUUUAUCCAAACGAUGCUAAAAAGAAUGAAGAAGUGUGUAAAGAGACCAUUGCAAAGUGGGAAGAAUGGCUUGAAGAUGAAGAGUCCUUAUACAAUAUCUCCCACUUUGAAAUUGUGUAUAAGAAAUAG